AUGGAAGGCGUAGGAAAUGCCACAACGCUGCUGGAGAUCGAGCCCGAGACGAAGCACUUAGUAUCGCGGAUCCUGCCGAUUGUUAUACCUGUCUUCAUCGCCAUCCUUCUCGUGUCUUCCCGAAGAUCAUCCUAUGACGCCGCUCGGGUUGGAAAAUCAAGAUGGUGGUCGCUCAUCCCAGGUCAGUUCCACAAAGCGCUGGGAAAGCCGUUCAUCAGCAAAGUCUUUGGAUGGGACUACCUACUAAUGCCCCCUCGGUACCUCGAUGAUGUUCGCAAGGCAGAUGAGGACGAUCUCAGCUUUGCGCAAUGCUUCAGUGAGGCGUUCAACGUCCACGUUUCUGCCGGCGACGUGUAUGCGUCGAAAAUGAUGCCUGAUGCUGUCAAGCAGUACCUCAAUCCUCAAUUGCCAUCGCUGGUGGAAACUAUGAAGACUGAGACCGAUCACAUCCUUGCGGCCGAGCUUAAUGUCGGAGACGAAUGGAAAACAGUCCAGGUUUUCUCCACGUUUACGGAAAUGGCGCACCGCAUUACUUGUCGUAUAUUACUUGGCGAAGACCUUGCGCGCGACAAAGUCUUCAUUGAGGAAUCGCAACUUUUCAACCGGUCUCUUUUCAUCAGCGCCAUUCUGGUCAACGGUAUCGCACUCGGUCCAUUCAGAAAUCUGGUAGCAUGGCUCACUGCGAUCAAACAUCGAACGCACUUGUCGCGCUGCAUCAAGUAUCUGAUUCUCCAAAUCGAAAAGGUGCGGGCCCAGUCUAAAGACUACAACAACGCGGUAAAGUGGAUGCUGGAGCUUGCAGAGGGAGACGAAGUGGAAAGGAAUCCAGACCGGAUGGCGAAGCAAUUGAUGCACCUCAUGUUCGCUGGAAGCAGCGCUCCUGGAGGGCUCGUGGUGCAACUGGUUUACCAAAUCUUGAUGAGUCCGGAAUACCUUGAGCCAUUGAGAGCGGAGAUUUCUCGCACACUAGAAGAGACUGGCGGAUUUACGGCCAGCUUCGUAUCCCGGACGCCGCUCAUGGAAAGUUUUGUGCGCGAAACGAUGCGUCUAUAUCCCACUGGCGUUGUGUCCGUAACGCGAGCUGUUAGGAACAAGCCCUUCAGCUUCUCUGACGGCUACACGCUUCCCGCAGGAUCUCAUUUUGCCUUCCCCAUCCAAGCCAUUCAACGCGACCCCGAGAAUUACCAAGAUCCGCUCACCUUCCGCGGAUUCAGGUUUGCAACUCAGACGGAUGAAAAAGAAGUCAAUGCAUCCACCGUCGACAAAACCUUUCUUACCGACACGGCGGAUCUAAUCGGCCAAGUCGACUUUCCGAAAUUGGAACGAAGCGGCCUAGGGGCCCAAUUCUGGAGCGCCUAUGUCGAAUGUCCACGUGACGGGGGCGAUGUCAACGACCAGGGAACAUACUACGAGUCGAUGCACCAAACGCUGCAGCAGAUGGACCUCAUCAACCGACUCAUUGAUGCCUACCCAGAACGAUUGCAGCGCGCAUCAUCAGCCGCGGAGGUAUGGUCGCAAUUCGCAAAGUCGAAAGCAUCCAGUAUAUCCAGUCUGAUGGGCGUUGAGGGCUUGCACCAGAUAGCCAACAGCGGUUCCUUUCUGCGGCUGAUACAUCAAAUGGGCGCGCGCUACGUGACCCUAACACAUAGCUGUCAUAAUGCUUAUGCCGACAGCUGUAGUCCAUCCGAACCAUUGAACGGCGGCCUAUCAGAUGCAGGACGCGACGUGGUACUCGAGAUGAACAGGCUGGGCCUCAUGGUCGAUCUGUCGCACACCUCAGUGGCCACGCAACGCGAUGCGUUCAACGCGUCGCGCGCACCUGUCGUCUACACUCAUUCCUCAGCCCGCGCACUCUGCGAUCAUCCGCGCAAUGUAGCUGAUGAGGAAUUGUGGGCGCUCAAGGCAAAACGCGGGAUUAUCAUGGUCAACUUCUUCCCCGGUUUCGUCACGUGCAGUGUCCAAGCUGCGCUCAAAGACGUCGCCGACCACAUCAUCUACCUAGGCGAGUUGAUCGGUUUCGAGCACGUCGGUAUCGGCGCGGAUUUCGACGGCAUGGGCUUCGAUAGUGGCCCAGCUGGACUUGAAGAUGUUGGCACAUAUCCAGCAUUGAUCGAGGAGCUGUUGCGCAGAGGCGUGUCGGUUGCCGACGUGUGUGGGGUGGCGGGGGCCAAUAUCCUGCGCGUAUUAGCCGAGGUUGAACAGGUGGCGCGGGACCUAGAUAAUCAGCAGCCCUUGGAGGAUCGUGUAAAAUCUAUCUUUUGA